AAUUUCUUGACACAUAGGAUAGAAACAGUGAAAAAUGUUAUCAAGGGUUGUAGCAGCUACAGCAGCAGUAGCUGGCGCUAAUGCACUAAACGCAUGUGUCUGGCUCGGUAAUCCCGAAUGCCCAGCGGGUGCUUCAUUCGAUUGCAUAGACUUUCCUGAAGGAGAGUGUGUUGAGGCAUUGGGUAUCCCCGGUACAACUGUAUACGGUAAAUUUGACGACAAUGGUGAUGGUACAGCCGCGGUUGGCAUUUAUUUGAAUUCCGCUGAUUGUUCCGAAGGUGGUAUUACGGAUGAAGCUCUUCUUGCCAACAGUUACAACUUUGCAGAUCCUAUAUGUACUCCAGCAGCAACUAUUGCUGGACAGACAGCAUAUAUUCAAACUACAGGCGACUUCGGCGGAGAAGUUGCCUCUGAAGAAGACCUUUCACCUGAAGAGGUUACACCACCUGAAGAUGAAGCUGUGACCGGUGACGAUGUAGAAGAGGAAGAAGCUCCUGAAGAUGCUCCUCCUGCUGAAGAAGCUGCUGAAGAAGCUCCUGAAGAUGCUCCUCCUGCUGAAGAAGCUGCUGAAGAAGCUGCUGAAGAAGCUCCUGAAGAAGCUCCCCCUGCUGAAGAAACUCCUGAGGCUCCCCCUGCUGGAGGUGCUGAGGCUCUUGUAGUUCCUGAAGUCGUAGUUCCACCGUCCGUUGGUGGUGACGCAGCUGCUGUAGGAGGCAUCGAUCAAGUUCUUGCACUACUAGCAGGUUCUGGUUUGCCACAAAACUUUAUUGACGUGUUUAGAGAUGUUAUCGGAAAUGAUCCCGUCAGAGUCGCGGCUUUCUUGCGAGAGUUCACAGCAGAUGUAGAUGCUGUUGGUCUUCUAGGUGUGUUUUCUGAACUGCCUGAUCUUAGCGCCGGAGGUGCUGCCGAAGCUGGUGCAGGCGGUCUACCAACCAUCCCUGCUUUCGUCGUGCCUUUCGCCCAGGGUCUAAAGGCUAACAUUCGUCAGACGUUCACUCAGAACAUGCUCGAUGCACUGGCUGCAUCCACAGUAACCAACUUGCUAACUAACUGUGGUGGUUUCUUCGCCCUAUACGGUGCUCAAUCCAUUAUUGGUCAGGAGAUUGCCGGAACAACUUUCGGAGAAGCCGUUUCUGGAAUCAUCGGAGUGAAUCCCUCUGAGCAAAGAUGCGCUGGUGAGGAUAUCACCAGCCUGCUACCUUGCACCGUUGGUUUUAUUCGUUCAGAUGUACCUACUUGCUCUGUUGAUGUCUGCUGUGCUACCGCUGAUCUUGUUACCGGAAUCCCCAUCGUAUCGCAGAUCAUCGCCGAGAUCAUUACCCGUGUUCUUACAGAUCUUAUUCUACCCGUACUGCAGUCGACUGUCCCAUACAUCCGUGGUGGACUUGCCAGUCUUGCUAAUGCUGCGACCGGAGAGUUCAACGUAUUGACCAACUGUGGACUUGUGUUCUAUUAUGCCGAUACCCUUCAGAUCAAGGGCUUGCAGUGUAAGCGUAAGGGGGAUCUUGACAAGCUGCAGCCUUGUGCCACCACUGACGACCUUAUUCCCGAUGCUCCAUGGGGAAAAUGCAGUGCAGAGGAAUGCUGUGGACACGGUAGUGUCAACUCUGGCAUUGGACGAACUAUUACCGCUUUCAUUGCCUACGAGGAAGCCAAGAUUGUUGAGAAGCUCGCACAGCAGCUUAAGAUCGUUCUUGGUGCUGCCGUGAAGACAAACGUCGCCUCAGGAAAGUACCUCAUCACCUGCAGACAAUGGAAGAACUUCUUGGGUGGAAAGUGUAAGAAUGGCCAGGAGAAUGUCGAUCAUGACUACUUCUGCUCUACCUACUCUUGCAUGUCAUUUGGAGUGCACAAGUGCUCAAACAGCGUCUGCUGUCACAAUGCAUCUGAGGGCUGGGUUGGUGCCGUACUAGCUAUUGGUAUCACUGCCGGUCAAUUGUACGAGUUCGCGCAGAUUGCAGCGGCUGCGAAUCCCUUCGCUCCUCAGUGGAUGGUUUCUUGCAAGAAGUACAAUGAACAAUUCGGACUUAAGUGCAAGCACGGCGGAAAGAUCGAUGCUACUAUGCCAUGUCUUCUUCAGACCUUCGAGCACAAGAGUUCCUACUACAAGUGUACCGAACACAACUGCUGUGGACAAUUCUCCAAGAAAUACACACCCGCAGCCGCCUUCGAAGCCGCCCUUGCGGCCGCCGAUGAAGCCGCCGAUGUAUUGUACGCCAUCUCAAAGUCCAACGUCGGAGGACUGUUCACAUCUGGCCUAUACACCGAUGUCCAAUCUGCCACCAACUGCGAGACCUGGGCCGCUAUUCCCGGAUGGGGUUAUGAGGCGGUUGCAAACUGCACCCCUAUCUCUGACCUCCCAUAUGAUGUUUCAUGCGAUAACGCUGCCCCCAUGAAGAACAACUUUCAGCCUCUGGCGCCUUGUCGUUCUCUAAUUGUGGAUUCCAUGGGCAACGAUCUUGACGAGUCCCUCCCUCCGUGCGCACAAGCAUGUUACAACAGAGGUCAAGCUAAGAAGCUAGGUGCAGGAACUAUUCUUGCUGCUCAGUCUUGGGCCUACGCCACACAGAUGAUCUAUCUGCUCACCCAUAUGAUCUCUGACCCCGUUAAAGCUCACGUGAUUUCUCAGCUUCUAGCUACUUUCAAGGACGUUGUUACUGGUAAUGCAUCUGCAGGUAAACUAGAUCAUAAGGCCCUUCUUGCAAGUUUGGUGGAACCUGACGCUCUGCCCGAUAACUUUGGUGACCUUGCCGGAAACCCUAUUGAGGCAAUCAAAGUUCUGCUUCAUCUUACUCCUAUUUUGCCUUUGGAUGGUCUACUUAUGAACUGUGGCGUAUGGUCUUCUACCUUGGACAUGAACUACUUUGGUCGUGGAACCUGCCUUACUGGGCGACCGGUAGACCAUGAUCUGCCAUGCUGGGUGUCUUCUAUCAAUCGCAUGAAUGUAACCGAUGCCGACGGAAACAGUUCUCCUAGCAUGGGUUCCGGAAAUAUGUUCUAUGUAAACAAAAUGCCCAAUGUUGGAGAUUGUAGUCCCGACUACUGUUGCUCGUGCCGUACCAAGGCUGCUUACAGCAACGCAGACACUCGUCUUCUUGGUGCCGCUGGUGCUUCCAUCACCAAGUUUCUCAUCGCGCGUGUGAUCACACCUCUUGUCUUCAAGUGUAUGCGAAUGCUUGACGGUCCCCUCAGUCCCCUCAAAGCUCAGGUUGGUUUCGGUCCAGGACAGAUUUACAUGCCCCAGACUGGAUAUGGAGCUGAGGCCAAGCUUACUGAUUCGAUUGAUAUCGGAAGCCUGAUUAUCGGUAACCAGUUCUGUGUUAGCCACUCCUUCUUCCCCAAUGGUACCUUACCCCAUACUACCAACGCUGAUGCGCCCGUUACGUUCACCAACGGAACAGAAGGCACAAACUGUAUGUAUUGGCCCGGAGAGAUGUAAUUUAACCUUCAUUUUUAAUAACAUUGUGUAUACUGUAUAGUAGGAAUGUUUUAUGUACUUGAAAUAAAGCACCC